CGCGGCUAGUGUGUAAGGGGCGCCGUUCCGAUUGCUGUCUCCUUCAGCUCGCAGAGCCCACUUGCUCUAGGCGUCGGAACCCUCAGUCUCUCGGAAUCUUUUUCUAAGCGCACGACAGGGACCCAACGAGACCUUGACGGGGAGCGAAGACGGGUUGUUUGGCCUAAGACCGGGAGUGGAACGGGGCCUGCUGGCUUCCGGGACCCAAGCUGGACCCCGACUGAGCACUGGUCCUAGCGCCCGGGAAGGCCCGGCCCCCCCAGGAUGAGCGCCAGGCGUCCGAGUCAGCCCUCCCGCCUCGAGUCCCUCAGUCUGCGGGGCCCCGGCUGGCUUCUCGGUGUUGGACAAAUUCUUGGUCUUUGUGUGAGGGAGGCAGUAAGUGGCAGGCUUUAUUUUGGAGGAUUCUUGGCGCAUGCCGGAUUUGCUUUGGAGUAGCUGGGGAUGCGUGUCAUGAUACUUGCGAGUUAACACUGGCUAGUUGAGUCGGUUGUUCGGGAAUUGAGCGUUGACGUGAGCGCUGAGGCCUGCGUGGAUGCCCACACCCAGAGGCAGGCUGUUUUGCUCAAAUAAAGAACAUGGUGAAACUAAUUCACACAUUAGCCGAUCAUGGUGAUGAUGUCAACUGCUGUGCCUUCUCCUCUGCCCUCUUGGCUACUUGCUCCUUGGACAAAACCAUUCGCCUGUACUCAUUAAGUGACUUCACUGAAUUGCCACACUCUCCAUUGAAGUUUCACACAUAUGCUGUUCACUGCUGCUGUUUCUCCCCUUCAGGGCAUGUUUUGGCUUCAUGUUCAACAGAUGGUACGACUGUCCUAUGGAAUACUCAAAAUGGACAGACUCUGGCAGUGAUGGAACAACCCAGUGGUAGCCCCGUGAGGGUUUGCCGGUUUUCCCCAGACUCUACUUGUUUGGUGUCAGGGGCAGCUGAUGGAACUGUUGUUUUGUGGAAUGCACAGUCAUACAAGUUAUAUAGAUGCAGUAGUGUUAAGGAUGGCUCCUUGGUGGCCUGUGCAUUUUCUCCUAAUGGAAACCUCUUUGUCACUGGCUCUUCAUGUGGAGAUUUAACAGUGUGGGAUGAUAAAAUGAGGUGUCUGCAUAGUGAAAAAGCACAUGAUCUUGGAAUUACCUGCUGUGAUUUUUCCUCACAGCCAGUUUCUGGUGGUGAACAAGGCCUUCAGUUUUUUCGAUUGGCAUCAUGUGGUCAGGAUUGCCAGAUGAAAAUUUGGAUUGUUUCUUUUACCCAUAUCUUAGGUUUUGAAUUAAAAUACAAAAGUACACUGAGUGGGCACUGUGCUCCUGUUCUGGCUUGUGCUUUUUCCCAUGAUGGACAGAUGCUAGUCUCAGGGUCAGUGGAUAAGUCUGUCAUAGUAUAUGAUACUAAUACUGAGAACAUUCUUCACACAUUAACUCAGCACACCAGGUAUGUCACAACCUGUGCCUUUGCACCCAGUAUCCUUUUACUUGCUACUGGUUCAAUGGACAAAACAGUGAAUAUCUGGCAAUUUGACCCAGAAGCACUCUGUCAAGCAACUAGCACAGAAGAUCAGCCAAAGCAAUUUACUGAAGAUUGGUCUGAGGAGGAUGUCUCAACCUGGCUUUGCACACAGGGUUUACAAGACCUUGUUGGUAUUUUCAAGAUGAAUAACAUUGAUGGAAAAGAACUGUUGAAUCUUACAAAAGAAAGUCUAGCUGAUGAUUUGAAAAUUGAAUCUCUAGGGCUACGUAGUAAAGUGCUGAGGAAAAUUGAAGAACUAAGGACAAAGGUGAAAUUUCUUUCUUCUGGAAUUCCUGAUGAAUUUAUAUGUCCAAUAACUAGGGAAGUUAUGAAAGAUCCUGUCAUCGCAUCAGAUGGCUAUUCAUAUGAAAAGGAAGCAAUGGAAAACUGGAUCAGCAAAAAGAAACGUACAAGUCCCAUGACAAAUCUUAUUCUUCCUUCAGUGGUACUUACACCAAACAGGACUCUGAAAAUGGCCAUCAACCGAUGGCUAGAGACACAUCAAAAAUAAAAUUUUCUGUUUAUAUUAUAGUAUUUAUAUUUUUCACUGAUCGCAUUUGAAUGAAUUAAAGGUAAAUAUUAAUCAGACAUUAUUAAAGGAGCAAAUCACAAAGAGAAAGAAGCUUUCUAAAUUCAGUUAACUAUCAGGACUACUGUCAGUUUUCAUUAAAAUGUGGACUAAAUUAAAUUGUACAUCUAACCUCAUUUUAUUUUUACUGUAAAAACCCUUUUGUACUAGUGAAAAAAAGCGCAAGUUGUGUAAAAAUAAAGUUUUACUUUGACUUCAAAUUGCAAUGCCCAAAUUUAUUCUUCAAACAAAGAUUGCCAUAAUCUUACAAUAUAACAGAAGUUUAACCCCCUAAUUAAUAGCCAUUCAU